AUGUCUGCGCAAUCGGGUAUCACUGUUUCCAAGCCUCUUUUGGAGGCUACUCGGAACCUCCCAGCUCCGAUCGUCAUUACCAUUUCAUCCAAUCAAACAGAGAUUGAAGUAGAUCCAGCAUUCAGUUCAUCAUCAUGUACGUCAUCUUCAUCGUUGAGCGGACAUUUCGAUUCAAUCCAUAAAUAUAUCAAGUCCAUUUAUCCUCAACCAAAAUACAUUCUUAUUCCUUCGGAGCCGCUUAACAUCUUGAUAAGCUUCAUUCCUGAUGAUGCUCCUAUUCGUCAAAAGAUGCUUUAUGCGUCCUCCAAGAACGCCCUUAUCUCUGAGUUAGGACUGGGGCUGCUUGAAUCUUAUGCUUGGACAGAGUUGGAGGAAUUGACCUAUGAGUACUAUAAGAGCGCCCGUAAUCUGCACUUGGACCCACAACCUCUUACCGAGGAAGAGAAACUCAAUGAUGCCAUUAAUGCCUUGCAAGCAACAGGACUUACUCAAAACUACUAUAAGAGAGAAUUGACUUCAAUGCAUACGAAUAGCAAUACUCAUAGUAACUCUGAUGGAUUGUUAUAUGCCUUUGACUCCGACUUGACCGACUCGAUUGACCAAUGGAGCCAGUCUACUUUGAUCUCCUUUGGUAUAAAUGAUACUGAUAAGAAGAUCCAAUUGAAUCUGGUGAACAAGAACGUCGCUGUCGAUUCAAUUAUUCCAACGUUACAAUCGGCCUCUCCAACCCCAAUUUAUGCAGUCUACAACUAUCUGUCCGGCGGCCCGAUGUUCAUAUACGCUUGUCCUCUGGGUUCCAAAGUGAAAGAUAGAAUGUUGUAUGCUUCCUUCAAACAAGAUCUUUUGAACCACUUAAAGUCCAAACAUGGCUUACACUUUAUAAAGUCCUUUGAAGUUGGUGAUCUUGAUGAGUUGGAACUAAGUGAGUUCUCAGGUGUAUCAACCCCCGAAUCUGAACCUGCUUCUGGAAGAUCAACUCCGGAUUCAAGACUCAAAUUCUCCAAGCCAAAAGGUCCUCGUCGGAGAUAA